AUGAAGGCAUACUGGUACGACAACAUUGAGGGCGACCAACGCCUGCCCCACGACAGCGGCCGCCCCGUCACACCCAUCGACCUGACCAACCUCGGCAUAAUCUGCCACCACUAUCCCUCCCUGGACUCGGUCAACGACCUCGCCUCAUCCCGCGACUACAAGAACCGCGACGAAGUCACAAUCUCGCCCACCACCCUGCCCAACUACGAGGAAAAGGUCAAGAUCUUCUUCCACGAGCAUCUCCACGAAGACGAAGAAAUCAGAUACAUUCUCGAUGGCGCUGGUUACUUUGAUGUGAGGAGCGAGGGAGACGAUUGGAUCAGACUGAGAUUGGAGAAGGGAGAUUUGGCCAUCAUGCCUGCGGGAAUCUACCAUCGUUUCACGACUGAUGAGAAGAAUUACACAAAGGCCAUGAGACUGUUCAAGGAUGAGCCCAAGUGGACGCCGCUGCAGCGUGGUGCCGAGACCGACGAGAACAACUUCAGAAAGGAAUACCUGAAGAGCCGUCAAGAGGGUACUAUACUCUCUUCCUAG